GCAGUGACAGAAAAUAAGAAAGAGAAGGGUGUGGCCUACCCAAAUGACGGGUUAUGAAAUAAAAUGGAGAGGAGAGGAGAGGAGAGGAGAGGAGAGAGAGUCUAAACCUAAAACCCUUCCUUUCUUUCACUUCCCGCCCUCAUGAGGGAAAGCAAACAGAAACACAAACAGAGACAGAAACACAUUUGCUCGGUGUGUCAGUGAAAUGCAUAAACUUGUACGCCCUUCUUCUUCACUCCCUUUCCUCUCUGUGGCUACCCCUUUUCUCUCGUUAGCCAAAGUUGGAGCAAUGGCAGCUUCUGGGUCUUCCCUUGUUCCCUCUCUCUCCGAUAAGAACCGUUUUGUUCUCAAAUCCACUUUCUCUUCUCGCUAUUUGGCCAACACCAACACCAACACCAAAACCAACACCAACACCAAAGCCAACACGUGCUGUUUCUGUAACAGGAAUAGGACGCAACCCCUUCUCCUUAAGAACUCUCCAAAGGCCUCUCUGCAUUCGGCUUCAGACGCCUCGUUCCUCACCAGCCCUAAUCCUAACCCUUUCGAGGGCUCAGCGAAUGAUGAUUUUGCAGAGAGCAACGACGCAAAGGAGAAGAAGGUCUUCAGCUUCAGGCUAAAUAGGAGGCAAAAGGCUUCUUCCUCUCCCGUUCCCUCAAAUCCUGAUUUGUUGGCCAUUCCCGGUGUGGGCCCCAGAAAUUUCCGAAAGCUCGUUCAGAAUGGUAUUGCUGGCGUUGCCCAACUCAAGCAACUCUAUAAGUUCUUUGGCAAAUCUAGCGACAAGAUGGUUGAGUAUCUGCAGAGUUCGGUUGGGAUAAUCCACAAGAACCAUGCUGAAAGUAUAACUACUUUUAUUAAAAAUAGUGUGGAUGAGGAAUUGGAAGAUAAUUCCUCCUCUGUGCAGCGGCAGCAGAAGAAACGGCUAACGUUCUGUGUUGAGGGUAAUAUCAGUGUUGGCAAGACUACCUUCCUUCAGAGAAUAGCCAACGAAACGAUAGAAUUGCGUGAUCUUGUCGAGGUGGUUCCUGAACCCAUUAGCAAGUGGCAGGAUGUUGGACCCGACCACUUCAAUAUUUUGGAUGCUUUUUAUGCUGAACCGCAAAGGUACGCCUACACCUUUCAGAACUAUGUAUUUGUUACAAGGGUGAUGCAGGAAAGAGAGUCAUCUGGUGGAAUCAAGCCUCUUCGUUUGAUGGAGAGGAGUGUAUUCAGUGACAGGAUGGUUUUUGUACGCGCUGUUCAUGAAGCUAACUGGAUGAAUGAGAUGGAGAUCAGUAUUUAUGACUCGUGGUUUGAUCCUGUUGUGUCCUCCUUGCCUGGACUUAUUCCUGAUGGUUUCAUCUAUCUUAGGGCAAGUCCUGAUACUUGCCACAAGAGAAUGAUGUUAAGGAAGAGAGCAGAAGAAGGUGGUGUCACCCUGGACUAUCUCCGUGACCUCCAUGAAAAGCAUGAAAGCUGGUUAUUUCCCUUCCAAAGUGGUAAUCGUGGAGUAUUAUCAGUCAAUAAGCUGCCUCAUCAUAUUGACAACUCUUUACACCCUGAUAUAAGAGACCGUGUAUUUUAUCUGGAGGGUAAUCACAUGCACUCAAGCAUUCAGAAGGUUCCUGCAUUGGUUCUGGACUGUGAACCCAAUAUUGAUUUCAGCAAAGAUAUUGAAGCAAAGAGGCAAUAUGCACGCCAAGUUGCAGAGUUCUUUGAAUUUGUCAAGAAGAAGAAAGACGAUCCAUCCAAGGAAGCUGUUGAAGGUGAGAAGAAUAGCCAAGCCCAACCACAGGUGCUGCUACCUCAUGAAGGAGGCCUGUGGCUACCAGAUGGAAAGCCUUUUCCCCAAGCUAGCCUCAAACCUUUGGACUUCAGACGAGCAAUGUCAUUCAUGUCUGGCUAGUGGCUGAUAAACCCUGUGAUUCUGAUCAAUAUAUACUACUAAUGUCCCCAUGUUGACUUCAUGUUUUUCAUGCAUGUAAAGAUUUUAACUCCCGACCCUGACUGAUGUAAAGAUAGUGGUGGUAUUUAUGGUUGUCAAAUACUAUGCUAAUACUCUGUUUGCUUAGCUGUAGAUUGUUUUUCUUUCUUUGAUUAGAAAGAUGGUCUUUUAUAAUGUAUCAUUCUCUUUGAGCGCAUUAUUUUGCUCACUCCUUGUGUUUAUUAUAUUAUGAAUCUGUUCUCCCAAAUCUAGUUCUUUCAAGAAGUUUAUUAAAAGUGUGGUGGCUUUUAAGGAAAGUAUAGGAAUAUACAGGACUUGUUGAAGCGGUUGGGUUUUGGGAUCAUUAGUUUAUUUCGUUGCAACAGAGUUUUGGUUAUUGUUUUGGAAUUUUGCUGGUAGAAUUGAAAGAAAAGGAGUCCUAAUAUAACGGAGGGUGAAAUAUUUCCCACUCCCAUCAGAUUACCUUUUAUUAUUGUUUUCAAAGUUGGAUUGGUGAGCUGGUGAAGAAGAUAUUACUCUAUGAAUUACAAGUUUGAUUGUGACUGGGUUGUAGUCAAAUUAGUAAAAACUAGAUGUAUAUUUUUAACUAUGCUAGUUAAAUAAGAUUCAUAUUUAAGAUAAAAUCUGAUUCAAAUAUGAUCCGAUUUGAUUCUCCUCCCUAUUUUGUAAUUAUAUUAAGUUUGUAAUAAAGGCAGAAAGAAUUUUUAG